AAUUUUCUCUCCAACCUUGUCGCAAUUCUUUCGUGACGAAACGGCGAUACACCUAGGAGCACCAACACUGGGAUUAGAAUUUUGAUACCAGUGUUUCCCUUCGCCGAAUUCUUAAAUUCGGUCUCCCAUGGCACAGCAGACAAUCGCAUGCCGUCUUCUUCACCGACCCGUGCCUCACCAUCGUACACCGAAAUCCCCCCUCUUUAUUCACUAUCGCAGCAUCCAACUUUCACGACAUAUCCAGACACUGAACCCCAAGGCCCUGACGUCGCUUGACUUCCGUGACAUCUCUGGAAGGAAGACAGACAUUGCAUUUGGACCUCAACUCCGGUAUUUUUGGGACAACCAUAGAAAGAAGAACCUACCCUUUCCCAGUUCAACUACUGGAUUUUAUUAUUAUUGGACCCAUUCGGAUCUGCCCGCGACAGCAGGCCAGGUUCGGUUCUGUGUCACUCCUACAAUGGAUCCAUCGCUAUUUGAAACAGGAUCAGACCUCCGUAAACCUGAUGGUAUGCCUUGGUGUAUAUCAAUGAGCAAUCUCCUUUGUCUACGUGGCAGUGUCGCCGCCCAGAUACUAUUGAAUGAUGGUCUGGUCAGUCAAGACCUGAUCUCUUCUAAAUAUUUCUAUAUGCAUCAAAAAUAUGACCUUCAUAAUUCUUCCGCGUUACUCGAAUCCUUUUACGACGUGUUCCCAGUGUCUCUCCCUCGCUUGUGGUUACCUAUCCAUAUGAUGUCAUCUGAUGGAGUAAAAUGUAUGUCCUUUAAGCUGGGCGAUCACUCAUGGAUAGAAUCUUUGAAACUGGCUGAGCCUGGGAAGCAAGUCUAUGCCCAUCUUCGUCUCCAUCUUCGUGAUAACCACAAACGACCCGACCUCCAAGUCGUGCGAAUUUUCUCUCCAAGCGGAGCGCAGCUUGAUUCAGACUUUCCGUUGAUCACGACAUCUAAAUGGAGUGGAGGAGUCGGCGUAUUUGAGCCUUGGUAUCUACGAAGUCGAAGCAGUUAAUUGAUAGUCUACCUGGGUAGAGGGAGGAAUAAUUUGGAUGCCACUCAUACACUUACCCAGUCGGCCGACGUCAUGAUCGGUGCGCUGUAUUUUUAUUUCCGCUCUUCUGAUCUGAUUUGAACGUAAUUUUCACACAUCUUUACUCACCAUUCAAUUCGAACUUCACCCGAACUCCGGUUCCAUGAUUGUU